AUGGGCACGGCUCGCCAACGCCGUCCCGGCCAGGGCUCGCAGAAUGAGUCGAGCGAGGACAAGGACCCAGUCACGCCUGCAAUGGUUGUCGAGGAGCCUGCAAAGGCCGUCAGAAAGCUCCUCCACUGGGACGAACUGCCGCUGUGGCGGCGAGAUAACCACCUUAUCCUCUCCGGCUAUCGGCCGGCAUCCUCGUCCUUCCUCAUCUCCUUCCAGUCCUUGACCUAUCUCCACAACGAGACGGUCAAUAUCUACAGCCAUCUUGUGCCAUCAUUAGCCACCCUUCCCGCCGCGCUCCGCCUGUAUCAAGUUCUUGUUCCCCGCUAUGAGACCGCUUCGAGGUCUGACAUUCUUGCCUUUGCGUGCUUCUUCGCUGGAGCCGCCUUUUGUCUGGGCAUGUCGGCGACCUACCAUACCAUCUCUAACCACUCCGAACUAGUCAACCGGGUGGGCAAUGCGCUCGACUAUGUCGGGAUCGUUGGUCUCAUCACAGGCAGCUUCAUCCCCAGCCUUUAUUAUGGCUUUUACUGUGAGCCCGGUUUGCAGCGCCUUUACGGGACCAUGAUCUGUGCUCUUGGUAUCGGCUGUACCUGCGUCUGUGUGAUGCCGCAGUUCAGGACGCCAGAGUGGCGGCCAUUCCGAGCCGUGAUGUUCGUCUCGAUGGGCCUGUCGGCGGUGUUUCCUGUUGCGCACGGGCUGAUGCUGUACGGCGUCGAGCAGAUGAUGCGCCAGAUCGGCCUGGGCUGGCUGCUGCUCCAAGGUUUCCUUUACAUCCUGGGGGCCGUCAUCUACGCCGCUCGCGUACCGGAACGACUGUGGCCGGGCAAAUUCGAUCUCCUUGGGAGCUCCCACCAGAUCUUCCACGUCCUCGUCGUCUGCGCCGCGGUGGCGCAUCUCACCGGCUUACUGAGGGCGUUUGACUACCGGCACAGCGGCGUUGCGGAGUGGUGCACGUGA